ACCAGACACACUAUUAUUACGGCAAGAAAGCAUUUCAAGCUUCAGCCCUAGGAUUCAGCAAUGCCUCAGCCGGGACCUGAGAGACUCGUAGAGGCGGACUGACUCCACAGCAUCGCAUCGCACUUUCAUUUGGACACAUUUCUCGAGUGCGCCUUCUCCCAAAUCCACCUGCCUGCGCGCGUCGGGAACAAGAAGCCCAUGGAGGGAUGUCGUGAUGCUGUGCACAAGGAGAACUAAAACUUUGGUUUCGACAUGUGUGAUUCUGAGCGGAAUGACCAACAUCGUGUGUCUCCUGUAUGUCGGCUGGAUCACCAACUAUGUUGCUAACGGGGGUCCCAAAGUUGCGGAGAGCGGCGAGGCGGAGAGAAAGUUGGAUGAGGACAGUAAAGGGGAAACACUGAGGAUUAUCGAGAGGCUGGACCGGCUGGAGAGCGUCGUCAACGAGCACAUCAAAGAUGCACCACAGAAGGAUGGAGAAGACACUGCUUCCUCAUCUGACUCUGCCUCAGAUUCUGCCUCUUCACUCUUCGACCGCUGGGGUCACGACCUUGGGCCAGAGAGCCGAAGGGUUGCCCUCAAGAAGUUCCGUUACUAUGGCUACAACGGCUACCUUAGCGACCGCAUCUCCCUCACCCGGCCUAUCCCCGAUUUACGACCGGACGGGUGCAGGAACAUUUCAUAUUCAUCAGAUCUUCCGCAGCUCAGCAUCAUCUUCAUCUUUGUUAAUGAGGCCUUGUCAGUAUUACUGCGCUCCGUCCACACAGCCAUCCAGAGGACUCCAUCGCACCUGCUCAAAGAGAUCAUACUGGUAGAUGAUCACAGCAACAGCCUUGAGCUGAAAGAGCACCUGCAGAGCUUUGUGGAUGAGACCAACGCUCAGCAUGGCCCAGGGUUCAUCAAAGUGGUCCACCAUGACAAACAGGAAGGACUUAUCAGGUCCAGAGUCAGCGGAUGGAGGGCCGCUUCAGCUCCCGUGGUUGCUCUGUUUGAUGCACACGUAGAGUUCAACACUGGAUGGGCAGAACCAAUUCUGCAGCGUAUAAAGGAGGAUAGGACCCGAGUGGUGUCUCCCUCUUUUGACAACAUCAAAUAUGACACCUUUGAGAUCGAGGAGUACCCGUUGUCGGCUCAGGGCUUUGAUUGGGAGCUGUGGUGUCGAUACCUCAACCCACCAAAGUCGUGGUGGACACAACGCAACCACACAGCCCCUAUCAGGAGCCCUGCUCUGAUUGGCUGCUUUGUGGUCAACAGGAAGUACUUUGAGGAGAUUGGCCUGCUAGAUGAAGGCAUGGAAAUUUACGGUGGAGAAAAUGUGGAGCUCGGCAUCAGGGUGUGGCAGUGUGGAGGCAGUGUGGAGGUCUUGCCCUGUUCUAGGAUUGCACACAUUGAGCGUGCUCACAAACCCUACACAGAAAAUCUGACUGCCCACGUGCGCCGUAAUGCUCUGAGGGUGGCUGAGGUGUGGAUGGACCAGUACAAGAGUCACGUCUACAUGGCCUGGAAUGUUCCUCUACAGAACUCAGGAAUAGACAUCGGGGACAUUUCUGAAAGAAAGGCCCUCAGAUCCAGACUCCAGUGUCGACCAUUCAGCUGGUUCCUCUCCAACAUCUACCCAGAGCUCCGGUCCUACAGUAACACAGUUGCUUAUGGAGUGCUGAAGAACAGUCUGAAGGACAAUCUGUGUUUGGACCAGGGCCCGGACACUGACAAUAUUCCCAUCAUGUACCUCUGUCAUGGUAUGACACCGCAGAAUGUCUACUACACCAGCUCUCAGCAGCUUCACCUGGGCGUGCUGAGUCCUACUAUCGACGAUGACGACAACAAGUGUCUGGUGGACGUGAACAGCAGACCCAGGCUGCUAGAGUGCAGCUAUGCAGCUACCAAACACAUGAAGCUCACCUGGACAUUUACCCAGGGUGGCUCCAUCCAGAACAUUGAGUCUCAGCGAUGUUUGGAGCUGGUGGAGAGCAAACAGUCGGAGUCCACGUACCAGCUGGCCAUUCAGGACUGCACAGAUCAGAAAUGGACCAUCACUAACAUACUGACUGUCCUUCCACAGUGAACAUUCUGAAAUAAAUCUGCCAUUGGAGCACCUUUGUUGUGCUGGUUUAAUAAAGAAGGCCAGGAAGUUGGAGCAAGGAACUCUACUGCUUCAAACCUAAGAACCAAACUGACCUAAGUUUGACCUUCACAGCGUUCUGGUGCACUUAACAAGGAUUAGAUUCCAGUCAGAAAUGGGCUAACUUGCUGACCUAGGCAGGGAAUUAAGAGUCCAAAAAAUGAGCUCAGAUGCUAGACCCAUUUUUAACAAGAAUCUGCACAGGAAAAGAUGUUCUUCAAUCAGACACGGACCAUCAGUAACCUAAUAACCAUUUUAUGCCAAUGACCUGAGAGAAGACACGCUCACAGAUGGAGCCGGGGCUCUUAAAACUUCUCGCUCUGCAAUCCAAAUGAGAAAUAUAGUCGCUUGUUCCAGAGGACAGGCUCAUGAAAUCAUGUAAGCACUCAGGUUAUUGCAGGAGCAGGCCUGUGAUAAAUUUUGGGUCCCUGUCCUCAGUUUAAGAUAGGGCAUGUACUCGCUCAGUCACAACGCACAAUCACCAUAACAGAUCAUGUGAGCGUGGUUCAAAUAGGUUUGUGCACAGAGGGAAAAUUGCAGGGUGCAUAAAUAGUAUUUUUACAAUGCACACAGGCUGAUUUGCUACAAAAAUUAUGUGAAGGAGACAGGUUUUGAGUUACUAGAGUUACAAACCACUUGACUCUGAGAGUACACAGAACAGAUGCUGCAGAUUUCUUCAGUUUCACAAAAAAAAACUGAGACAGAAAAUGGAGAAUAACCACAGAGUGAUUCAAACAGGCGUUGUGAAGGAAAGUCUUUUUAUCAAAAGUUUCAUAGUGUGCUUGGGAAUUCAUUUGAUCAGAAGCAGAGCUGUCAAUCAUUCUGGCAGAUGCCAUUUUUAUGGGUUCAGCCACAGAGCAAGAGAUUCAUCCGGAAAAGAAGAUUUUAGACUUCUGGCUCCUUUAAUAGCAGCACAGAACACAACGCUGGCUCAUGCAGUAUUGAUACAUCUUAAGCAGACCAUGGGGAGAGAGAAAAGUGAAAUGGGAACUGUUGGGUAAAGGAAGAUAAAGCACACCAGGUCUGAUUUCAUGGUAAGCACAUCUAUCCAAUAAAAGUAGCUCUCAAACAGGGGAUCUCAUCGUAUGUUCACACAAAGCUGGUAUGAUAGAAGGCUAGCCAAAGGAACAAUUAACCCUGAAACGCUUAAUCCACAAUGAUGAUUUGAGUCAUUUUGCAUAUUAAAAAAAUCAUUUGUUAUAAUUUCCUUGAGUUCACUCAUCAGCAUUCAUUCUAAAAGCUGUAGCUGUUCUGCCCUAUUAGGUGUAAUCAGACUGACACAUGGAGUUGAACACAGUCUGUGCACACCCACACAGUACAGAAGAGAUGUAAUAAUUGAAACAGUAAAAUUAAAUAAUUGAAAAUGUCUGUGAGGGUGUAAGUGAAAACUAAAGUUCAGAUUUAUACCAUCUUAUUUUAGAGGUCUUUGCCUCAAAAGCACCUUUUGAAUUUCAGUAUCAAAGGCUGGCCCUGUCCUUAACCUCAGAUCAGAAAAGCUGCAUUCUUCUGCUUUAACACCCACUCCUUUCAUGUUUGAUUGAUGGUCCUUGAUCCACGCUGGUUGAUAGGAAAUUCAAGUUUUCUUUUAAUUUAAUGAAUAUUUCUGGUCAGUAGAAUAAGGGUCUAUUUAAUAGCUAAGCCAUUAUUUCUCUCAGUAAUUGAUAUGAUGCUAUAAAACAGGAUAAGUAAGACUGUCUGGAUGGUUUUAAUUAAGGUUAAACAUUAUUCUGAAUUUUUUUUAAGAUAAAACAAGAGCAAACUGUAUGACAACCUCUAAACUUUGGGCUGUAAACUGGUCCAGGAGAGCACUGGGUUGUGAAGCAAUUAGAAUGUAGAGGCCAUUUAUGUGUGCAGGCAGCCAGCAUGAAGUCAGAGAGCUUGCCAUGCAUGAACCCAAGGAAACCUUUAAAGAUUGGCGAAAAAUACCCAGUGAGCAAAUUUCUUUGGUACAAAAGUAAUUCAAUUCAUCCACUAUGUUUUGGCUUUCUAACAGGGACAUGAUUUUAGUAUUUUUGCUCAUAAAAUUGGCUGUCUGGAGUAUCUACCAACCCACAGAUGACAAAAUUAGCCAACCCAGUCCUUUGUUUGUGGUCUGCCUAUAUUUGAAAAUAUGAAAUGUGACAGUUUGUUCAGAACCUGUGGCAUCACAAUGAGUUGUUGUUACCCAUAGAUCUCUAGAAAGGGUGGGUUAACAAUGCGUGGGUUAACAAUGCAUGUGCCAAUGCAUGUUAAUUGGCACACACCAAAACUAAUCAUUCUGAGAAAUCCUAAACUGGUUUGUACAGGGUUAAACAAAAUCUCUUCUAGUGCUUGAUCCAUAUUCUAAUCGACCAAAACACAGCAAAGACAUUGUCUUAAGACUGCAGAGGACAGUGUGAAAAGGUGAAGAACGCAUAUGAUAAGUCUAUGUCAUUCAGAAUAGAUUUAAGCUCACAGAGAUUUCCUGGGUUAAAUUGGACACACAUUUCACAAAGUUGCACAGAAUAUUUUUUCCAGUGCAAAUGAAGAGCAUUUAGUCACAUUAACAACUCUGAAACACAUAUGAUUAGUUUAGGAUGACUUUAAGCUCCUGUGAGAGGUAUUUUUUUUAUCAGGUUAUGAAAGAGACAGAAAUUAAAGGUGAUGCCUCAUGACCUCCAAAAGAAAACAAGAACAACAACAAAGGGGAUGAGAGCAGGCUGCACAAACAGACUUUACAAAAAAUUUCUAGAUGGUGAUGCAAAAGACUUAGAAAGCAAGAAAAGAGCCUUCAUCUGAAAAUACAACUUAAACAUGAGUAUUAUAAGAUCAGCAAAGAGAAACUUUGAAGACUUCAGUAUUCGUUUAAAUAUUUCUUUCAGGUUAUAAUAUGACUUUAUCCCCUGAUAAGAUGCUACUCUAAGAAUCAUCUGGUAUUUAAUAAAAGGACCAGGUGUAUGCCCAGCCCGCUAGCCUUCAGUCCUCUGAAGGACUCAUCUUAGCAAGAAUCACCUGCAGUGUUCUUUUGAAAACAUUCUUCACCUACACAAGCUGUGACAGAGUCAAGCCUUUCUAUGCGGGUUGUUAACAUGGUUGUUGGAAAUUGCAGGACAUUUCCAUUGAGUGGUGCAGGAGUAGAACAGCAGAUGAGUAGUAGAAGAGAAGCAAAGUGAAUGUUAAGAAUGCUUUUAUCACCUGUAGCAGAUAGUGGUUGAGCAUCCAAAGAGGAAAUUUUCCACAAGGUCUGCUGCUGCAACCCACAACCAGUGAAUACACUGGUUGUCUAUGUGUGUGUGACAUAAUUUCAUGAUUUUUCAUUACAUGCUGUGUUAUGGGUAAUCUGAAUUGUGGGUAAUCACAAAGUAGGAAUUCAACCAAGGGGACUGUGAGCAAGCUAAUAUUUCUACACAUCCCAAGUAUACCAUGAACACUGGUGGAAUAUAAUUCUAACAAAAAAUGCAUUUUUGUCUUAAGAUUGUGUAUUUCUAAAAAGAAUGACUCCAAAAGACAUGCAAUAACUCAUAAUUGGACAUCUAUGCAGGUCCAUGCUGCAAUUCUGGGACAAGUGUGGCACAACAACAUUAACAGAGGUAUAAACCUAAGAAUAGUAUUUUCAUUGUUUAAUAUCAUUUAUUUUCUCCUUUUUUUUAGAUUUCCUGCAUUUGUUGUGCUCAAAAAUGUCCAGAAAUAGACCCUCAUUCAGAGUGGACAGUAGUGAUGGAGAAACUACAGUGCCUGGAUGUUUGUUGUAUGUAUGGCUAAAUUCUGCCUUUCCCAAUUUGGCACUUGCAUAAACUACUGAGGGAUCAUUUGCUUUAAACUGCUUCAAAAGUUACAUGCUGUCAUGAAGCUUUUCAUUAAAUAUUACUGCUUUGCAAUCUAUCACCCAAUUAUUCAAAGCCCAAGCUUUCAACAAUCUCUAUCAAUUAUUCAAGACAAAAACAGGAUAAACCUAUAAAUGAUUAAUCUGGCUCUUAUGAGUUUGAACGUUUUCUGCUUCAAUCACAGCCCACAGAGGUACCAGUAAGAGUGAGACUGGAACUGUCAGUCUUCUAUCGGCUACUGUGUAGCAUCUGUUAGCAAACUUUCUGUUGAUCUUCUGUUCUUUUUGUGGCUCAGGUUUGUAGAUCCUGAAAUCUUUAAAGUAUCUCAAUUUUUGGGAAGCUGUUAAUAUAUGAAGUCAUGAAA